AUUGGCUGCCGUGCCAACACAGAGGAGGGACAGGCCUUAGAUCCUCUAUAAUAACGGCCCUUUCCUUUUUUGAAACUUUUCAUCAAACUCUUAUGAGGGCAUACAUCACAGCUGAGCCGCAUCUUCAUCACAUCAGUUUUGGGAAGUGGCUGGAUCCAAACUCCUCUGAUUUCCAAAACCACCCAGCUCACUUUGUUGGAUAACUCUCCUUGGUGAAAGGGAUCCUUGGUGUGAAUGCAACCAACACAGAGGGCUUCCUCCUUCAAAAGGACUGGAAGGUAACUGAAUAUUGUCAGGGCAGACAAUUAUCCCAGGGUUGUUAUGCCUGCAGGAUAUUCUUUUUUAACAGGCUGUAUAUAUUUUAAGUGUCCUAUCCUUUACAAAUAUCUAAUAUUGUGGCUUGGGAUGGAGGAGAAAUAUGAUUCAAUUUGCACUUAAAGGUGAACCUUUCCCAAACAAUACAUGGACUGAAACACUACCAUCCUUCAAAAUUUGCACUUCUCUGAAUUUUGCAGUGCAGUUAUCCAGCCAAGUAAUGUGUACCAAGAUGGUAAAGUUUUCAUUAAAAUAUAUAUAGUCAUGAAAGUACUCAAAUUAGCGAAACUGCUUUGCAAUAAUAACAAUAUUAGGUUAAAUGAGGAGAAAUUUGCACCCAAAUGCUGAUGAAUUUUCAUGAGGACUUGUAUGAACAAAUUCACAAACUAUACGGCAAUGCGGAGAAGAAAAAAUGUGGGAUGGGAAACUGAAAUUGAUACAUUCUCCAGUCCUAAUUAUGGAUGGAGUUUGACAGUGUGUCUAUUCAGGUGGCUGAACAAAACAAUCUGUAAUUGGGGGGGGGUUAAAAAAAGAGCUUUUCGAAACAAAGGCCUACUGCCAAUAUGCUUUAAAAAUGAAUGGGGGUUCUGUGUGAAUUGGGAAUGGUGGAGAAAUUGGUUCAGUUCUCAUUUUAAUGCAAGCUUUCCAAUUUUUCACUUUCCAGUAUAAAAUGCAAACUGCAGCAUAGCUAUCCUUCAAAAUAUAUACUCCUCCAAUUUUUGUGGUGCAAUUAUCUCACAAAAGAAAAUGUGUGCAAGGAGUGUGUGAGGGAGAGGGGAUGAGGGAGAGAGAGAGAAAUUCAAAACCAUGUUAUAUUCUAUAUAUGUAUGUAUGUAUGUAUGUAUGUUGUGGAAAUGCAGCAAAUCAUACUGUGCUGAAUAUUAGAAAAUUAAAAGACUAAGAGAAACAAAAAUUGGCAGAUUUGUACAUUCCUAGCAGCACUUUUGUAGGAAAAAUAUGGUAUGCAUCCCUGUUUAAUGUAUAUAUACAAACAUACAUACAUACAUACAUACAUACAUGGCAAGGAGCAGUAACUCACAGUAUGAGCAGCACCGCAGGUUCAGUCCCAAGCAUCAGUGAUCCUGUCAACAGGGAGGACCAUAGUUCAGUAGCAGAGCAUCUGCUUUGCAUGCAGAAGGUCCCCAGUGCCUUUAAGUAGGGCUUGGGAAUGUUCUCAGCUUGGAACCAUGGAGAGAUGCUGCCUGCCUGUAUGGGCAAUGCCUAGAUCAUGGGUAGGCAAACUAAGGCCCGGGGGCCAGAUCUAGCCUAAUUGCCUUCUAAAUCCGGCCCACAGACGGUCUGGGAUUCAGCGUGUUUUUACAUGAGUAGAAUGUGUCCUUUUAUUUAAAAUGCAUCUCUGGGUUAUUUGUGGGGCAUAGGAAUUCGUUAAUAUUUUUUUUCCUCCAAAAUAUAAUCUGGCCCCCCACAAGGUCUGUGGGACAGUGGACCGGCCCCACUGAAAAAGUUUGCCAACCCCUGGCCUAGAUGGACUGAAUAUUAAUAAAUAAAUAAAAAGCUGGUCACUGGUUGUCCAACAGACAUUUUAACUGAACUUUGAUUUCAUAGUUUUAGCACACUUUUCUUUCCAAUGAGCUUCUUAUACACCACUUAGAGAUGAUUGCAAUUAAGUGGUUUAUAAAAUAUUUAAAUAAAUAAAUUACAGGCAGUUUCAGUGAACUGAAAAUUACCCUUGUAGAUUUAUGCAGAUGCACAGUCUCUUCUAUGCCAAAGACACCUGAAACUUCAGUUAAGUCAUAGAUAGAUAGAUAGAUAGAUAGACAGACAGACCUCUUUUUCUUUUUUGCUUUUUCGGGUUGUGUCUCUCAUUUUCAUGGUAGCUAAAAAAAGGAGACAGAAUUUUUGUCUCUUCCAGUUCCCUAAGUCUUUUUCACACCCUAAAGCAGGGAUGGGGAACAUAUGACUCUCUGAGGUUUGGUUGGGCUACAACUCCCAUCACUCCUGACCAUCAGCCAUACUGACUGGGGCUGAUGGCACUUGGAGUCAAACGGUGAUGAAUAAAUAAAUAAAUGCUCAGAUGAUAGAGCAUGAGACUCUUAAUCUUAGAGUCAUGGGUUUGAAUGCCACAUUGGGUGGAAGAUUCCUGCAUUGCAGGGGGUUGGACUAGUUGAACCUCUUGGUUCCUUCCAGCUCUACAAUUCUAUUAUUUUAUGAACAUCUGGAAGGACACAGCCCUAUAUGAACAAUAAUAUGAUCUCUAUCCCAGUCGUAUAUGAACAGUAGUCAGUCCCAGGGAAAUUCAUGCAGAGUAACUGUUCAAUAUCACUGUUUCUCUCCUCUUCUGUAACUCAGAGAACUCAUCCUUAUCUUCCUUCCACAGGCAAGAUCAGGGAAGAUCUUUAGCUCCGGGUCCCACCAACAGACUCAAAACUUUGGCUGAGCUUUAAGGUUUCCAUCACAAUGGGCAGGUUUUCUACUUUACCUGUUCUGGCCUAUUGCCUGGCCUGCCUCAUCCUGAGAGUCUCCAGUCAGACAGCCGUGAGCUUCAGGAAUACCCCCAUCCCCUUUGAGGUUCUGGAUCAAGAUAAAGCUUACAGUCUCAUUCAGCCUGGAAUAUUUACAAACUCCAGAGCCACCGCCAACCAUUCAGGCAACCUUAUUGGAGAUGCCAUCACAGAGGGCCCACAACUGUCAGUCAUGUGUGCUAAGCCGACAGAAAUCCGACAGGCCUUCAAGUACAUUAACACGUUUGUGUCUUGCACUAUCUUCAUUGUGGGCAUCAUUGGGAAUUCCACCCUCCUGAGGAUCAUCUACAAGAACAAAUGCAUGAGGAAUGGGCCUAACGUCCUCAUUGCUAGCCUGGCUCUUGGGGAUCUGCUCUACAUUCUCAUUGCCUUGCCCAUCAAUGUAUAUAAGGUAAGGCCUCUCUUGGCCAGGGUUGGGAAAGAGGAAGAAAACACCCAAGUUUGGAUGAGUUUAUUACAUCACUGCAAUGCAGUGCCUGGGGAAUCAAGACUCUUCAGCAAUAAACAGUGACUACGAGUUAGGUGACUGCCAUAUAUACUAGGUUGAAGAUGGGACCUGUCCAGACAUUCCAAUCCCUUGUGCAAGGAGGGUGAGUGGGAGAUGAGGCCCAUCAUUCCCAUUCUUGUUAGCCUCCACAACUUGGAAUAAUAAUAAUAAUAAUAAUAAUAAUAAUAAUAAUAAUUCAUUACUUAUACCCCACCCAUCAGGCCAGGCCUCCCCAGCCACUCUGGGUGGAUAUUAAAAAUACAAUAAAACAUCAAACACUAAAAACUUCCCUAAAUAGGGCUGCCUUCAGAUGUGUUCUAAAAGUCAUAUAGUUGUUUAUUUCCUUGACAUCUGGUGGGAGGGCAUUCCACAGGGCGGGCGCCACUACUGAGAAGGCCCUUUGCUUGGUUCCCUGUAACCCUUCUUGCAGUGAGGGAACCGCCAGAAGGCCCUUGGCGCUGGACCUCAGUGUCCAGGCUGAACGAUGGGGGUGGAGACACUCCUUCAGGUAUACAGGACCGAGGCCAUUUAGGGCUUUAAAGGUCAACACCAACACUUUGAAUUGUGCUCGGAAACGUACUGGGAAUCAAUGUAGGUCUUUCAGGACUGGUGUAAUAUGGUCUCGGCAGCUACUCCCACUUGCCAGUCUAGCUGCCGCAUUCUGGAUUAAUUGUAGUUUCCGGGUCACCUUAAAAGGUAGCCCCAUGUAGAGAGGAUAACUUCUGAUACAGGAAGACUUUUCUGUUCCUGAGGGUCACCCUGCAGAUUCGAAAACCUGGAUCUCAUGGUGUUCUAGGUUGCACAAGGAAAUCCUCCAUGAGCAGAACAGGUUGUUUGCUAUAUAUGUUUGCCUCCCUGAUCAUGAAUCACAGUUGGUGCAAGGGCCAGAGCAAGCACACUCAUCCCCACUCUAUGUGACCUAAUUGUGAGGGUUAUUAGAACACCAUAUUAGGGGUAGCAUGCAACACUAAAAAGAUGCUUCUCUUUUGGGUAACAUGAGGGAUAGGGAAGAAAUCUGAUUUGGCUCACUUUUUAAGGUGAACCUACCUAAUUAACACUUUCUGAAACUGUAACACAGGCAUCCUUAGGAAUGCUCCAAAUUUAGCAGUGCAGUUCUCCAGUCCAACAGUGUGUCUAAGAAUGCAUAUACUAGAAUAAAGCAUGCAUGAAAAAGCACAUGUUGUGCAAAAUAACAUUUUUUUAAAAAAAAAAUAUUUGAGGACAUUGUAAAAAAUGUGUAUGCUAAUCAAAACUGUGUAUAUAUGAGCAGAAAUUUGCACUGAAAUGCUGAUGAAUUUUCAUGACUCCCCCCCCCCCCAAUAACAAACUUAUGUGGAAAUUUGGAGAACUGCAGAUACGAUUGGAAAAACAAACUGAGAGAAACCAAAAUUGGAAGAUAUGCCCAUCUGUACCCUCAUAUUAUGUAAAUUUGUGUCCUCUUUUCUUAUGAGCUAUAAGUGCUUGCCGCAAGUUGGGGAAGACACAAGCACAGCAGUUUUUUUUCUGUUUUGAGAGUAAUUUAUUUGGGGGAACAUUUAGACACUGGAUAACUCCCCUUUUCUCUGAAAUGGUAUAGAGUGACCAUUAACAGAUAAGUGAAGUCAUGUACACAUUGCCAUUUAAAGAGGACUUUCCUUGCCCCACCCCUUAAUAUGACUAAUAAGUCCAGAGCAGGGCUUCUCAAACUUGGGUCUCCAGCUGUUUUUGGACUACAAUUCCCAUCAUCCCUGGCUACUCAUCCUGCUGGCUAGGGAUGGUGGGAAUUGUAGUCCACAAACAGCUAGAGACACAAGUUUAGGAAACCCCAGUCCAGAAUCCAAAAUUCCCUACUGCACCAUGGUGCAGAGAUGGGCGGUUCAGAAGCAUUUAGGAAAGCUUGGUGUUUAUUUCCAAGCAGAAGCAUCCCUCUUUGAACUCCUUUCUUAGCCCGGCAGCUGAGGACACAAUCAAGCUACUGUUUUGCAUCUGAGAGCCAGAAGUUGGUCAGAUGUCAGAGAAGCAGCAAAACUCAGCUUUCGCAUGAACUCAGCUGGGAAGCCUCCAGUGCAAAAUAUUUCUGUGAGAUGUAACUGUUUGUGCAGGCUGACUUGGAUAUUUCAAGUUGUUUUGGAUGUUAGCCAAGGCACCUCCUGAUUACAAUUAAUCAGGAGGUGCCUUGGUGAGGAGCCAAAACAGUUGUGGACACAUGGGAUGUGAGUGUAGGGUCUCCUUCAUGGGGACUUUGUUUUGAAAGGGCUGCUACUCCUGCUUGCCUUCUCUGAAAUUGGUACAGCAGCAACGGCAUAUACAAUCUGACCUUUGGUUCAUCUUGCUUAGUAUUGUCUACAAUGACUGGCAGGAUCCUUCCAGGGGUUCAGGCAGGAGUCUCUCCCAACCCUGCCUGAACAUGUCAGGGGUUGAACCUGCGGCCUUCUGCUUGCAAGGCGGAUGCUGUAACCACUAAGCUAUGGGCCUUCCCAAGAACUGCCCUCCUCUCUAUUUCUAGAUGCAAAGGUCUUUGUACAUACCUUGACUGACAGAGAGAAGGAACAGAAAGUUGAACAAAAUCUUCCCUACGUUAAGAAGAAAGGAGUGGUUUUAUGAAAGAGAAAAGAUGAGAUUAAGUUAGAUCUUUAAUUUCUCUGCCAAUUUCCCAUGAAGGAGAUGGAAGCAGUUCACAAUACAGUGGUACCUCGGGUUAAGAACUUAAUUCGUUCCAGAGGUCCGUUCUUAACAUGAAACUUUUCUUAACCUGAGGUAUCACUUUAGCUAAUGGGGCUUCCCGCUGCCGCCGCGCCGCUGCCCCACGAUUUCUGUUCUCAUCCUGAAGCAAAGUUCUUAACCCGAGGUACUAUUUCUGGGUUAGCAGAGUCUGUAACCUGAAGCAUCUGUAACCUGAAGCGUCUGUAACCCCAGUUACCACUGUAUACAAAAUAGAAGCAGCAAUCAUGAAUGCAAUUGUAGAUUGAAUUAACUGAAGCAUAGCGUCCAGAUCACAGGAAGUAAGAGUUCAGACUUAGUUCUGCAUUUUUUAUGCAGCCUAGGGAUAAGUAAAUCUUUUUCACUUUCUCUCUGUUUCUUACUUUUUCAGUUUUCCAGUCUUAAAUUCAGUUCAGAUGAAUUUCUUCAUCAGUCUGCAAUUUAUUUAUUUUUAAAAGAACAAUCUUCAAGGAAAUUCAUCAGCGGUUCUCCUAAAAUACACCCCCCCCCAAAAAAAAACCCAUAAUGCAUUUUUGUAUGCUAUUUUCACUAACAAUCAAUUCUAUUGUUUUUAUGGAUCACUGUUGUGAUGCCAUGAUGCCAAAAGUUUUUUAUGCCCCCCAGGCCUGGCCCCAUUUUAUUUAUUUUUUAUUUUUCACUUUUUAAAAUAGUGUUUUUUAGAGGCUGCUUCCAUAGGCCCCCUGCUGUGAUACUGUGCUGCCACAGGGGUUUUGUGCCAUGUGUCCAUUUUUAAAAUAAAAAUAGCAAUUAAAAAAAUUCAAAAUUAUUUUUAAUUAAUUAUUUUUUUAAAUAUGCAUUUACUGCCCACUCUGAGAAGUAGCCCGCUGUGAUGAUGCAAGGUCUUUGUGCCCUCAAACCAGCCCUAAUUUUUCUCCAUUUGAAAAUAACGGUGAUGGUCAUGGUCAUAAUUUUACUGACCACUCCCAUAGAUCCUCCUGAGAUUCAGUGGUGCCAAGUGUGCUAUGUGACCCCUCCAAGAUGAGCAUUAGCUCUCUGAAAUAUACUCGGAGUUGAGAGUGGAUUUCAUGCACUUUAUUCAGCUUAUAGUGGUGAGGAGGAAUGGAAGUUCCCCCAGAAUGUCUGCUUUAUAUACAUUAUUUGCACAAUGAGCCCCACGUGAUCGGCUAAUUCUGGGAUUCUCCUGUAGGCCAAUCAGGUUGCGGAUUCACUUCCACCUGGAGCGUGACCUUGGGUGGCUCCUGUGGACCAAGCAGACUGCUGCAUUCUGGAUCCUAUUGUUCAAGGACCAAUCAGACUGCUGCAUUCUGGAUCCUAUUGUUCUAGGACCAAUCAGACUGCUGUGUUUUGGAUCCUAUUCAACUCAGUACAUAACACUCUCCAUGGUUUCAGAUGGGAAAUGGACAUAUUUCAGUAGCAGAGCAUCUGCUCUGCAUGCAGAAGUCUCCAGGUACAAUCCUUAGCUUUUGCACGUAGCGCUGGGAGAGACUCCAUCCCAAAACCCUGGAGUACUGACAGUCAGUGUAGACAAUACUGAACUGGAUGGGCUAACUGCCUGACUUGGUAUAAGGCAGCUUACUCUAUUUUAGGUGGGAGUCUUUUCCAGCUUUGCUAGGAGAUAAUGGAGACUGAAGUUAAUGCCUUCUUCGUGCAAAGCAUGCACCCUGCCCCUAAGCUCCUGCUGCUACUCAAAGCCCCUGUCUUGCAAGCAACCAGAGUCUGCCUCCUUUCCGUACACCCAUGUACACCCAUGUACAGCCUGCAUGGGCUGGGUGUCGGGAGCACCUUCUCUGACCUUCCGAUCACAGGAACGUAGGAACAUCAACACAGCAUUCCCAAGGAAUAGGUCCUGGUGCAGUGGACUCACAUUUGAUCACGUGAGCACCUGAAACGCAGCAGAAUAACGGAAGCAAAGCUGUGGAGAUAUUGUUGCAUACCUAAUUUAUUUCUUCUAAUUAAACAAAGAAAAGAACAUAACAAACAUGUACGAGAGAAACAGCUCUCUCAUUCUGCCAUCUUGUCUCUAGACAGGUCAAAGAAAAAGACACACAGUGUAGGGAUGGAAGUCUGGAAGAAUAGCUUCCUCCCCCUCCUUUAGACAGAAAGUAAAACAAACAUGAUCUGGUGAUCCUUGCAAUGGGAGGGAUGAAAACGCUGACACCUCCUCCCUGUACCUGGAAGAUAAGCAAAUGAAUUUUUUGUUUUUCUAGCCCAAGCAAUUUUUUCCUGGAGCAGUCUAAGGGCUAAAGCAAUUCAUGACUGCUACCAUUUCUAUCUUUAAGGGGUGAAAUAAGCAAUGAAUGGGUGGGAAUGAAUGUUUGAAAGCUUUCCGAAGUGCUAUGCACACCAAAAACUAACAUCUCAAGGAUAAAGAUCAGCAGAUCCCUUUCCCUGCCUUGACAUACUAGCUUUCCAUAUGCAGGAAGGGUUUUGUUAUGCACUGAAGUUCUCACCCUGGGCCAGCAGGGGGAUACUGUAGAUAGUUUUCACUCAGAUCCACAUAUGCAAAUAAGGAAUUGAAAGUGACGUUCAGUGAUUGGAUAGUUACAGAAAGUUGUUACUGUUGCUUUCUAGUGGAGCUCUAUAUAAGCAGGUUGGCUGAACCCUUCAGUCCAGUUCUGUUCUGGCCUGUGAAUAAACAAGAGCUGUUUGAAGAAUUGCUGUGUUGUCUGAUAUGUUCACCCACAACUUAACAGGUUUAUUAUUAUUAUUAUUAUUCUGGUCCCAUCUGCACUAAACAUAUAAAGCAGCAUCAUGCAACUUUAAACAGCCAUAGCUUCCCUCCAAAGCAUCCUGGGAAGUGUAGUGCUGAGAGCUGUUGGGAGAACCCAUUCUCUGCAAAAGCCUGCAGUUCCCAGAGUGCCCUAGAGAACAGGAUUGAUUGUUAAACCACUGGGAAUUGUUGUUCUGGGAGGGGAACAGGGGGUCCUGUAACAGCUCUCUUUGCCCUUAAUAAACUACAAUUCCCAGGAUGCUUGGGGGGGGGGGGGAACAAUGACUGCUGAAAUAGUAUCUUAGCCCUUUAAAUGUAUGGUGCAGAUGGAGCCUGUCAUACCCAUUAGACCCAUUGAAAUGGACUGAGGACCAUUUAUUUCAGUGGGUCUACUCUAUGACUAAUGUUGGCUAUCACCUAUGGUCCGAGAAUGGCUAAUUUUAACUGUUUCCCAUGGCUUAGAACUUCAAGCUGAGUUACUCAUGGAAGUUCAUUCCUGCACCAAAGCUCAAAGUCUUAAUAGGUUGUGUAUGACAACUGUUCUAUAAACUGGACAAGUUGUUCAGGACCUAACACAAAGAGGAAAUCUCAUUCUGGUUGUUGAAUGGAAUAUCCUAACUGUUACGCAAUUUAUUUCAUUAAUCCAUAUUUUAUUAUUUGUCGUAUCCGUGUAAUCCAAUAUUUAGCGUGAACUGAAACAAAACUUCCCAGUCUAAUUCAAAGUAAACCAGUCUGGUAAUCAAAUUUCCAAGACAGCUGAUUCACUGAUUUAAGAGCUUUUUAAAAAAGGAAAGAGGAACUUCCUCAGCCAGCAAAUCAUUUCUGAACAUGUAAGGAGAGCUUUCAUAAAUUCUUCUAACAGUUUUCAAAACUGAGAUGUUUUACCUUUAUAACUAUUUUGUUUCCAAAGUUCAUUCAUCUAAUGAUCAGAAAUUAUUUUCUGCUUUUCAGCUGACAUUCUUCAAAAUACAGCUGACUGAUAUUUUACAUAUUUUUUACAUGAGCAGAACACUUGCAUUUCAUACAAGAACUUGCAGAUUUAUUUUUUUCUAGGGAAGAGACUACACAUAGCCAGAAUGGUAUUGUUGGACUCAUAGGGACUCAUAGGGAUGCGGGUGGCGCUGUGGUCUAAACCACUGAGCCUCUUGGACAUGUUGAUUGGAAGGUCGGCGGUUUGAAUCCCCACAGCGGAGUGAACUCCCGUUGCUCUUUCCCAGCUCCUGCCAACCUAGCAGUUUGAAAGCAUGCCAGUGCAAGUAGAUAAAUAGGUACCUCUGUGGCGGGAAGGUAAAUGGCAUGUCCAUGCGCUCUGGCUUCCGUCACGGUGUCCCGUUGCACCAGAAGUGGUUUAGUCAUGCUGGCCACAUGACCUAGAAAGCUGUCUGUGGACAAACACCGGCUCCCUCGGCCUGAAAGCGAGAUGAGCGCUGCAACCCCAUAGUCACCUUUGCCUGGACUUAACCGUCCAGGGGUCCUUUACCUUUUAUCCAUCCUUAGUUGGACUCAGUAGUGACUGAUGCCCAUUGUGACUGGUCCUCCACAGUCCCUCCCCCCAUUCACUACUGCCUGUGGCACUUCAGAUGUGAUUGGGCUCUGACUCUCAUCAGCCAGAGCUACAGCAGCCAAUGGUAAGGCACACUAGAAGCUGCAAUGAAGAAAUAUCUAGAGGGCCACAGAUUCCCCGUCUGUAAACUAGAUAAACCAAUUGUCUGACUCUGUAUGAGGCCUUUUUAUAUGUUCAUUAAAGUGAUCUUGUACAGAGCAGUUGCUGCACCACUGAGGCCCCCAUGUUUGCUACUAGGGCGAGGGGAAGUUUAGCAUUUUUGUGUAGCAUUUUGUUGUUGGCUAGCUUUGAAUGGAUGGGCAUCAAUUCAGCCUAGAACACCUACACAACAGAAAAAGGUGAUACAAUGGUGAAAGUGAAGAAUGGGACUGUAGACUACAACCAAGGAACAUUUUUGAAUAUUAAAAAGUACUCCGGGCAACCAGAAAGCCGGGGGUGGGCACCAAAUUGUCAAAGGCUGAUGCCCCUACACAUGCAAAGAAAUGAGUACAAAGUUAUAAGAAUCCAGUUCUCCACUGAGAUGGCAUGCUGAUGAUGUGCUUCCUCUCUUUCAGCUGCUUGCAGAAGACUGGCCUUUUGGUGUGCAGGUGUGCAAAUUGGUGCCUUUCAUUCAGAAGGCCUCCGUUGGCAUCACAGUCCUCAGCCUCUGUGCUCUCAGCAUAGACAGGUAACAGACCACCUUUGUUGCCUCCUGUCAAGCCAUUCACUUAGCCAGCCCUACCUAUGCAAUUCAUUGACCCUCUUCAGUCUUCCCUGAAGACUGUGGUGGAUAAUCUUUUCCGCCCAGUGGAGCUACACUGUCUUUAGAGGAGGAAUGUGGUCCUGCAGAUGUUGCUGGGCUGAAACUUCCACCUUCAACUCCCCUGCUGUAUUUUCUCCAUGCAGUGUGUGGGAGUUUUCAGAUGUGAGCAAAAGAUUCCUGUGCAGCAGGGAGGUUGGACUAGAUGACUCUUGUGGUCCCUCCCAACUCUACAGUUCUAUGAUUCCAUGAUUCCAUUUGCUUUUUCUUGGGCUGCUCAUGGCAGGUAUAGAGCUGUGGCCUCUUGGAGCCGUAUUCAAGGGAUUGGCAUCCCCAUGUGGAAGGCUGUUGAGGUGACCCUAAUCUGGGCAGUGGCGAUCAUCCUAGCUGUCCCUGAAGCCAUUGCUUUUGACUUGGUGGAACUGAAUUACCGUGAACAGACGCACUGGGUCUGCAUGCUGGCCGCUGAACAGAAAUCCAGCUUCAUGACGGUAUGUUCUCUCUUGUUCAGCCAGAUGAUUUGAACAACCAAGGGAAGGGAUGGACCAGUCUGUCAAUUACAGCUUCUCAUUUCCCCUAUUUUAAAUUCAGCUCCCCACAUUUCUGCAUCAGCCUGUGAAUUCUUAUUUUUUAAAACAGUUCUCAUAGAAAUUCACCAGCUUUUUUUUGGUGCAAUUUCCCCCUUGUUUACACAUUUUUAUAUGCAAUUUUCCCUAAUACAAAUAUUGUUGCAUAUCAGGGGGAUUGAGGUUGGAUUAGAUUACCCUUGUGGGCCCUCCCAACUCUACAACCCUAUGAUUCCAUGAUUGUGGUUUGGUUUUUUCCUGGGCUGGUCAUGGCAGGUACCAAGCUGCAUUUUUUGUAUGCUAUUUUCACAAAUGUGUACAUUUACACACACACUUUAGUUUAUGAAUUUAUUUAUUAUUUUACACAUUAUUUGGAUGGAGAACUGCAUUCCUAAAAUUUGGACCAUUGGGAAUUUUGAACAAUGGCUGUGUUUUGCAUAUUGCUUCGGAAAAUGUGACUUGUGUAAAUUUGCCAUUAAAUGCAAACUGAAUCAAAGCGUGUAUUCUUAUGUUAAAAGUGUGCCCCAAAUGCAUACAAUGAGAUGAUUCCAUUUGCUUUUUCCUGGGCUGCUCAUGGCAGGUAUAGUGCUAUGGCCUCUUUGAGUCGGAUCCAAGGGAAUGCAUACAAUGCGUACAAUGAGAUGGAGCAGGGCAGAAUAGCAUGCAGUUAACAUAACAUAAGAACAUAAGAAUAGCACUUGAUUUCUUGGAGAAAUCAGGCCAAAGGAGCCCCAUUUGGUCCAGCCUCCUUUUCUCACAGUGGCCAGCCAAAUGUGCACAAGAUGCCCGAAAGCAGAACCUGAGCACAACAGCACCCUCCCCUCCUGCAGCUCCUAGCAACUAGUAUUCAGAAGCAUUACUGCCUCUGACAUUGGAGGCAGAGUAUAGUCAUCAUAGCUAGUACCCAUUGAUAGCCAAUGGGAUGCAAUGGCACAUCAUGGGAGGGAAGGGGGUGGAACAGCUCAGCAACUGAAUGCCAGUGAAACCAGAACAUGGUGGAAUCAAAGGCUCAGUCCAUCUCUGGUCUUCAUGUGUUCCACAGGUGGCAUAGGGACAGAAGUCCCCAAGGCAAUCCCACCCUCCACACAACAGCUAACAGCUCCCUUGGAGAGGCAGCUGCUUUCAUACCUUCCUUCCCUUCCAUCUGCAGUUCUACAAGGAUGUGAAAGAUUGGUGGCUUUUUGGCUUCUACUUCUGCCUGCCUCUGGCCUGCACUGGCGUCUUCUAUUCCCUCAUGUCAUGUGAGAUGCUGAGCAAGAGGAAUGGCAUGAGGAUAGCACUCAACGACCACAUGAAACGGGUGAGGUCCCCCAACCAAGGCUCAAGGGAACAAACCCUGUUCCUUAGCUUAGAUGCAAGGAAUGAUGUCAGGCCACCAGACCACAUGGCCAGGCUUUGCCUGCUCUGUCUGGCAGUGGCUUUCAUAAGAAAAUAAGAAGAGCUGUGGUAGAUCAGGCCAAAGGCCAAUCUGGUGUUGUCACAUGGGUCAACCAGGUGCCUAUGGAAAGCUCAUAAGCAGGAACUGAGUGCAAGGUGCCCAGAAGAUGUCCUGCUAACUGAAAACUCUUUCAUUGCAAUAGGGAGCCUGUGACUCUAUGGGCGUGUUUGGGCUCCACUGCCCAUCGUCUGUCCUCAUUGCCUGUAUCUGGGGUAGAGGGAGUUUAACAAUAUCUGGAGAGCCACAGCUGGAGAUGCCAGGGAAUGAACAUCUGAAUGAAUAGUGGCCUGUCCUCUGAAUUUUAGUAGUAUGCUCUGAUACAGAGGUGGGCUUUCUGGUUGGACAGCCUGUCUCCCUCAUGCAACUGGUGAAAUAUGAACAUCCUUCCCUUGAUUCCAUUCCUGGCAUGCAGGACUCCGGGGGUGUUCUGGAUAUUCCCUAAUACCAGGGAAUUGAUGGUAUUUACUGAUGUCUUUACCAUAUUAUACACAUGCUCAAGUCAUCUUUGCCUUUUAUUGCUCCUUCAUUCAUUAACUUCAAUGACUGGACUGCUGGUAUUCCAGCGCCGGGAAGUGGCCAAGACAGUGUUCUGCCUUGUGGUGAUAUUCGCCCUCUGCUGGCUACCUCUCCAUCUCAGCAGGAUCCUUAAGAAGACCAUUUAUAGUCAACAAGACGCUGAUAGGUGUGAACUGCUUAGGUAAGCUCAAUAUCAGAAGCUCCUUAUUUUCUUCUUGGUGGUGGAAGAGAUCUCUACCCUCCCUGAAAUUAAAGAGGCCAUUUCCAGUGUUAGAAAUACAGGGAGCCACUUCAUACUGAUUUGGACCACUGGUUCAUCUAACUCAGUAUUGUCCACAUUACUCUUAACUAAAAGCAAGAUGUAUGGGUGGUCCAUACGGUGAUAUGGUGUAAGGGGUGAAGGAAUGCAAGAGGUAUAAGGGGAUCCUCCAACAUAUAGGGCUUUCAGACUUACUCAUGAGCUGUUGAUAAUGCAUUUUGAUCACUGAGAUUUCCAGGCAAGACCAGUGCCAAACAUUGGCAUUGCUGGGUACCUUAUGCUGGCCCAGACCUCUGCUGGCAACCCACUGCCAAACUGGAGACUCCCAGGGCACAGGAAGUUGCCUUUAUACCAAGUCAUACUAUUUGCCCAUUUAAUCCAGCACUGCCAACUCUGGCAGGCAGCAGCUCUACCGAGUACCAAACAGAGGUCUUUACAAUUACCCGCUGAUAAUCUUAAGAGGAAACAACAGGGGGUUGAACCUCACACCAUUGACAUAUGAGGCAUGUGCUGUCAGCCACAGCCCUUUCUACUAAGUUUGCAUGCCAGUGGCCAUAAGAAUUGUCAAAGGAUUGAAACAUGCAGCUGCCAUCAUGCUCCCUUCUGACAGCACUGACUCUCCAUUCUCUUCUCCACUCCAGCUUCCUUCUGGUCAUGGAUUACUUUGGCAUCAAUAUGGCUUCGCUCAACUCCUGCAUCAACCCCGUGGCUCUCUAUUUUGUCAGCCGGAAGUUUAAGAAUUGCUUUCAGGUAGGAUUGGGAUUGUGCUUAUGGAGGUACAGAGGAAAUGCCCAAGUGCCCCAGCCAAGUUGUUACCGGGACAAGGAGGAGAAAACUUUAUUGGGGCUAAUUCUCUCUCUCUAGUGCAGAUGUCAUUAUUGUUAUUGUUAUAUUUUAUUACUGAGCCUUCACCCUAGGGCAGGUUAUGAUCCAAACACAUUAAUAUUAAAACAAAAUACUGCACAAUAUUAUGAACAGAUGUUGCUGAACUACAACUGCCAUCAUCAUAGAUUUCACAGAACUGUAGAGUUGGAUGGGACCCUGAAGGUCAUCUUUUCCAACCCCCUGCAUUGCAGGAAUCCUGCCCAUAACCAUCUCUGGGUGAGCUCAAACCACUAAAAUUCUGAUGAACAGCCAGACGCACUGACCCAUUGUACCACUGUCAUUGACCAUUGUCCCUGGGCAUUGACCAUGCUUGGUGGGACUGGUAGGAGUUGUAGUUCAGUUACAUCUGGAGCGCAAAAGAGUUCCCACACCUGCCAUCUCAAUAUAUUCUUGUUCUUCAAUACAUUUGCACAUGCAGAACAAGUAUCAUCAGAAGUAAACAUUGCCCAAAGACAUUUAAAGUUACCUCUUGGGAUUUUUAUUUGUUUGUUGCAUUUAUGACCUGCCUUUCCAUUUAAAAAAUGUCUAAGGCAAUGAUCAACAAUAAAAUCUGCAAUAAAAUAAUAUAUAACCCUUUUAACAAAUAAGCGCCACAAUUAAUCAGAUGAAAUAUAUUAAAGUGCUGUUGCAGUAGAGGCAGUGAGUGAGAGGAACCCAAAGGACUGAAACUGGCACACAGUUUUCUUAUCACAAUGUUAAUUGAGUCCAAAGGUCAAAAAGCCAGAUUUGCAAUUUUUUCCAACAUCCUGAAAAAAGAUCUCAAGGACAGUACAGAAUGCAAUAUUGUCUCCAUCUUGGCCUGCCCUUGGUAGUGAUGUCCCAGCCUCUCUCUGGGAUGGGGACCUUGGCAGAGCCUUUAUUUAUUCAUUACAUUUUCAGCCCAACCUUUUCUCCUCCCAAAGAGCUCGUGCUGGCAUCUAUGGUUCUCCGACUCCUCAUUUUAUCCUCACAACAACCUUGUGAGGUAAGCUAGACUAAGGAGACAGUGACAGGCCCAAGAUCACCCACUGAGCUUCAUGGCUGAGUGGCUAUUUGAUCCUGGUCCAACACUCUAGCCACCAUACCCUGCAGGUUUGUCAUCUUCCUAGGGCUGUAGUGCAGGGUGGUUCUUCAGAAGCCUUAAACAUCUCUGGUUUCUUUCUCAUAGUCAUGCCUUUGUUGCUGGUGCCAGAGACCAGCUCUUGGCAUUGCACCAACAGAUGACAAGGGCUCUGUUGGGAAGUGGAAAGCCAACGGGCAAGAAUUGGGCCUUGAUCGGAGCAGCUCCCACCUGAAGUACAGCUCUUCGUAGACGAGGGGAUAAAGAAGAGGAGGGUCCACCAGGACUAUGGAGAUGGCCAACCUGAUUUUCCUUGUGGUUCUUCAACUUCUCUGCUUUAUUCUGGAAGGAACUGGCAGUUUCACCACCCAGCCCUUUGAAAAGGUCUUGCUCACCUGAUGUUCCUUAGUCCCUUAUUAGUUCCUUAAUUAAUCCACCCAAUUAAUGAAUCUUUCUCUUUCUAAACAGCAGAAUCCCUCAUAAAAAUAAAUGGCAGGUUGGAGCAGACCAUAGGCGCUUAUAGUCUAGAGGUGGGGAAAUUUGGGCCUCUCUGGCUGGUUGUUGAUGCUCUCCCAUGCUACACACCCCAAUAGCCUUGCUUUGCACCCUCCUUGGCACCUUUUGCCUACUGAGAAUGAGUCCCUGAAUGAACUGUGAUUGCGCUCCUUACCUGCCUGGAAGGAGAGAGAGAUGAGUAGGGGUGAGUGUGUGAAACCUUUUAAACAUGUGUUGCUGGAAAGUAGCCUACUGUACAAAGAUAAGAGUCAAAUUCAUUGUUCUGCCCACUUUUGCUGCCCAUUUGCAUGUGGCCCCUGUAAGGUUGCCUACUGGCGAAUGUGGCCCUUGAGCUGAAAAAGAUUCUGCACCCAAAGAUGCAGUUGAUGUAUUAGGUUCAAAUUUUCCCUGGAUAUCAAAUAAGGGCACAGUUGGAGAGAGGGAGGACAUGGAGAACAGGAAAGCAGAAGGGAUGUGGUUCUGGAAGGGACAGAAGGCUGGAAAGGAACUGGACAAUAUAGCAGAUUCCCUGCUCCCUCUUGCCUAAAGCCCGGUGGGUAGAUCUGUAGCUAGGGAUGGGAGGGAGAGAAAUCUUAUUCAAUUCAUGUUUAAAGCCAAAUCUAUCAAAUUCACAACAUCUGAAGCAGUAUGAGAACCAAAACACAGCUGUCCUUCUGAAUUUGCAUGUGUCCAGAUUCUCCAGUCAGUUCUGCAGCCAAACAAUGUUUACAAAAAUGCAUGUAUCGGGGGGGAAGUGUGCAUAAAAAUUGAAUAUAUUAGUGAAGAUAACAUAAAAAAUGCAUGUGUUAGUCAAAACUGAAGGCAAAAAUGUGUUUAUUAGGCACUAAUACACUGAAGGAAUUUCAUAAGAAUUCUUUUGGAAAAGAUUUUUGCAAAUUGCUGCAUAAAUGUGGGAAACUGAACUUAAGAUGGGGAAAAUGAGAAAGUGAAAGAACUAAAACUGAGAGUUAUUUCCAUCCCUAUCCGUAGCAGAGCAGACUGUGUGGCUACGGAUUGGGGUGAAGUGGUGGUAGAUUUCCUGCUAUGGUCCGUGCCUCUCCUACUUCCCCCUUUCACCCCUAGUCAUUCCUACACUCCCAGGUUUCUAUCUUGCACAUGUGCAGGUAGGGAUGAGGGAGAAAUUUGAUUUCAUUCACAUUUAAAGGCAAACUUACUUGAUUCAUACUUUCUGAAACAGUAGGUGAAUUGAAACUCAGCCCUCCUUCACAAUAUUGGCAAGUCUCUAAAUUUUGCAGCAGUUUUUCACCCACGUUUAAUUUAACACACACCCAUAAACAUGAUAAUAGCAUACAAACAUGUGUUACAUUAAUGGGAAUUGCUUUGCAAAAAAAUGUGUGUAUCAAGCAAGAUUGCUUACAAAUAUGUGUAUAUGAGCAGAAAUUCACAAUGAAAUGCAGAAGAAUUUUCAUGCAGAUUUUUUUUUUAAUGCUAACUGAUAUGUAAAUAGGGAGAACUGAACUUGAGGUUAGAAAAUGUGUUCUUGGACUAUUGUACUGCCUUUUCAAUGGAAGACAGAGUUGCAUGUAUGUAUAGAAAACCUCUGAUUCCAAUAUAGCUGGCUGCAAUCAUUAUCUGUUGCUCCACCCACUUUUGUCUCUGGCCCCACCCACUCCUGGCAUGUAGGCCUUGGAAGGUUAGCCAAGACGGAAUGGGGUCCUAAGGCUGAAAAAGGUUCCUCACAUUCUUCUUCUUCUUUGGCAAUCACUUGUAGCCAAGUAGGACUGUCUUCCAUAAACAAGGUUUUAACAGUGAGUCUGUAAGUGACAGGGGAGGCCAAUUCUGGAUCCACAUGUCCUUCCACAGUGGGGGCAUAGGUUUCCGGGCGGGAGUUGAUCAUAUACACAUGGACAAUACCAAUGCUCCACCUACUGUCACAUCACUUCCAGAAUAUGGGUGGUAUUCAAAUACAGUCGUACCUUGGUUUUCUAACAGAUUAGUUCUCAAAUGUUUUGGCUCCCGAACACCGCAAACCAGUGAUUGUUCUGGUUUGAGAACUAUUUUUGGAAGCUGAACAUCCGACGGGGCUUCCAAUUGGCUGCAGGAGCUUCCUGCAGCCAAUCAGAAGCUGCACUUCGGUUUCUGAAUGUUUUGGAAGUCAAACGGACUUCUGGAACAGAUUCUGUUCAACUUCAAAGGUACCACUGUAUGUUUUAUUCAGAGUGGCUCUAUUGAAAUAAACAUAUGUAAUUUAAUUAUGUCCAUUCAUUUCAAUGGAUCUACUCUGAGUAAAACAUAGUUGAAUGCUGCUCUGCUUAUGUGACAUCACUUCUUGUGAGCUGAAGCCAACAAGAAAGCAAAAUAUGAGAUUGGAAUGGGAAUGCCUCUCCCACUAUAAUGCUUUUGUGAUCCACCAUAGUCAUUUUGUUUCAUCAGCUUCUUUUCACCUCUUCUCCUGGACUACUUGGCUCUGAAGAUAGCUCAGUCUUCUUUAUUUUGGGUUUUGCUACCCUGCUGGUGUUUCAGUGCUUACCUAUGUGAGUGUUUGUGUAGACAGUAGCUUAUCUCUCAUGCAUGUAUAUAUUAUAUAUUGUACAGAAAACCAUGUAAGCUUUCGGACUUCAAUAAGGUAACUGUGAAACAGUUACAGAAUCUAUUCGAUAUUAAGUCUUCAGUCCUAUGCUCACUUAGCAUUUAACUCAGUGGGAUUUGCUUCUGAGUUAUAUAUAAUGAGUUCAUAUAAUCACAGUACAAGUAAACUCUUAAGGGCUGUAUCCAGUGAGGCUGACCCAUAGAAAUUAAUGGACACUGCUAAUUUAGCUCCAGUAAUUUCAGUUGGCCUACUCCAAGUAGGAUUUCGUUGGAUACAUUCCUAAGCUUCUGCUAGACAAGAUAGUGCUGUGAUUUAAGAAUGACAAGCAGCUGUAAUUUGCUACAAUAUGACUGGUUUCCAUUCACAUCAGGUAGCUGUUCAAGGGUACCAAUGAGAUUUGAACCUGUUACAUUUGUGAAUGUGAUCAACUCAUGCGCUGGUGACCAGCACCACACCUGGGCCUCUUUUUCCAAGUAUUUUGAAAAGGAUUUCUUUGCAACAGAAUGAAUGCAUCAUAAUUUUGGGUUGUGACUUUAUUCUGUAGUGUAUGUAGCCGUGAUCUAUAGUAUGCUGAAUUUCAAUUAAAAGUUCAUUGACUGUGCCU